AUGACGUCUUUUCGACGUCUUUUCAACGAGUUUUUGCUGGUGACCGAAUCGAAAGGGAACUGUCAGAACCGCUAUCAGAAGUCCAACAAGCUGCUGAUCCGCAAGCUGCCCUUCCAGCGUCUGGUGCGAGAGAUCGCUCAGGACUUCAAGACGGACCUGCGCUUCCAGAGCUCCGCUGUCAUGGCCCUGCAGGAGGCCAGCGAGGCUUAUUUGGUCGGUCUGUUCGAGGACACCAACCUGUGCGCCAUCCACGCCAAGAGAGUCACCAUCAUGCCCAAAGACAUCCAGCUGGCGCGCCGCAUCCGUGGAGAGCGCGCUUAAACUCCUGAUUUCAUAAGUCUUUAAACCCCAAAGGCUCUUUUCAGAGCCACCUC